AUGCCCUUCGCCAACACAGACGACGCCCAGAAGAUCUACUAUGCGCUCCACGGAACCUCCGGUCCUCUCCUGGUCUGUAUCUCUGGCUACUUUGGCGUUUGCGAUUCUGAAAGCCCUUACUCUCCCAUUGGCUCCAACUACCGCUAUCUCAUCCUCGACUCCUGUGGCUACGGCCGUUCACUGUCGGGUGAAUAA